AUGAGACGAGUUAUUUCAUUAGCAACUCAUGCAGAGAGGGCGUUUUCGUCAAGAGUCUCGGCACUUCAGAAGCCAACUCCGUCCACUUCAUCUUCAGUCCCAGAUCGUGCGACACUCGAAAAAGGAACAGUGCAGCCGACGGUGUUGAAACCAUUUGUAUCAGCAUCACUACAGCAUGAGGAUCUUUUCAACUUCGAAAAAUUGGUACAUGUUGAUGAGAUGUUCAAGGCUAGAAUUCAUUAUGGGCACAAGGUCGGAACCGUGAACAACAAUAUGAAAUGGGCACUUUACGGAGAGCGUCUAGGCGUUUGCCUUUUCGAUCUCGACAUCACUAAACAGUAUCUUGUCAGAGCGCUCAACUUUGUUGCUCAUGUGUCGAUGCGCGGUGGAAUGAUUCUUUUUGUCACAUCCAAUAGAGACACAAUGUUUGAUGUGGAGAAGGCAGCAGAAGAGGUUGGACAAUACUCUCAUGUAAGAAAAUGGCAAUCCGGAACACUGACCAAUACAAGACAACUACUCGGAGCUUCAGUACGACUUCCUGAUGCAGUUUGCUUUCUCUCUACACUGACAUCGCUUGGGGAAAAUCAUCCGGCGAUCAUUGAAGCUGCAAAAAUGGCAAUCCCAACAAUCGGAGUGGUUGACUCCAAUUCUGAUCCUGCCUAUCUGACAUAUUUAGUUCCUGCUAAUGACGACACCCCGCAAUCUACAGAGUAUCUAUUGAGAAUGUUCAAAGAGGCUGUUCGGAGGGGACAAGACGAAAGAAAACGUUUGCAGCAAGGAAAAUAA